AAUCAUCGCCACGCACGUGGAUACGUAAUUUCCGGCGAAAACAUCGGUGACAGCAAUAGGUGACAGAUUGGUGGACAAUUUUCCACGUCACAGAUUGUUUUAAUUUAGUGGCAUUGAUUGUUGGAACUAUCAUUAUGCAAUUUGACAUUAGAAGGUUUGACAUAUACCGUAAGGUACCUAAAGAUUUAACACAGCCCACAUUGACUGGAGCAUGUAUAUCUAUAUGCAGUGUACUGUUUAUGCUCUACCUGUUCCUGUCGGAGCUUGCUGGAUUUCUUCAACAUGAAGUAGUAAGUGAGCUGAUAGUUGACGACCCUGUGAAAUACUCUGAGAAAAUUCCUGUAUUCUUAAAUAUAACUUUGAUGAACACAAAAUGUGAAUUUGUAGGAUUGGACAUUCAGGAUGAUAUGGGAAGACAUGAAGUUGGUUUCCAGGACAACACAGAAAAAAUCCCACAGAAUGAAGAUAAUGGUUGUAGAAUGGAAACACAUUUCUUAAUAAACAAGGUUCCAGGUAAUUUUCAUGUUUCAACACAUGCAGCAAAGAACCAGCCAGCUCAAGGUGACAUGAGGCAUGUUGUUCAUAAACUCAGGUUCGGUAUGGACUUAGAGGAAGGAAAAACUGUGAGAGGAUCUUUUAACCCCAUGGAAAGUUUAGAUAAAACAAAUGGAAAUGCUCAAGCCACACAUGAUUACAUCAUCAGAGUAGUGCCAUCUGUUUAUGUCAACAAAGAUAAUUCAAAACGAUUCCCAUAUCAAUAUACAUACUCAUACAGGGAAAUAAUUCAGUAUGGUCAUGGAGGCCAUAUGAUGCCAGCUAUCUGGUUCAGAUAUGAAAUGAGUCCUAUUACAGUACAGUAUACAGAAAGAAGGCAACCUUUUUAUCAUUUUCUCACUACGGUAUGUGCCAUUGUAGGAGGAACAUUUACUGUUGCGGGUAUAUUUGACUCCUGUGUUUUCACUGCCUAUGAGAUAAUCAGGAAAGCUGAGCUGGGAAAACUGAGCUGAGAACAAGAAUACCUAGAGAAAUUUAUUUUUAAUAUAUACACUUCCUAUUUUUGCAAUUAUAAAUAAUGUACAAAAGGUUAAAGGGUCAAAGAAGGUGAGAAAAUGCAUUUAUGUUAGAAUUUUAUGUGAUUUGGAAGUUGUGUGACAUGUAGGUGACAGAUACUUAUCUUUUACAACUGAUAGAAUAUGGCAAUAAUUUGUUUGUAAUUGUGGAAUAAAAUGUCAUAAGUUAAGCUUGAAAUUUAAAUAUGCAAUCAAACUACAAGGGCAUUACUUAAGUAUUUCAUUAUUAAUAGUAAAGUAUCAUAUAAUGCCAAUAUACACCCAAGGUGAAUUAUUUGUAUAUUAUUUUGAUUUAAAUGUUCAAAACCUCCUCAUCUUGAUAACAUGAGGACUUUCCUAUAGGAUAAAAAGCAUAUGAGGACCUAAUGAAGUCUGGUAAUAAUUCAGCAAACCACCAAGUUUUGACUGCUUUUUGCACAGCUUGUUAGUGGUAUUUGUUAGCUCGUCUAUUAGAAUAGGGAGAGCUAUUGUUCUUACCCUGGCGUCAACAUCACACCUUGGUUAAGUUUUUGUGUGCAAGUCGGUAUUUUCAAAACUACUGAAGGGAAUAGGUUUAAACACUUAUUGAAGAGCAUAAUAGAAAGUCUCUGUCUCAUAAGGCCAUCAACUCAUAACUUGAAUUUUGACAGAAAUAUGGCCAUUUUUGCACUUUAGAAAUACUACAUUAUCCAGGCUCUGUCCAUUAAUAGGCUACAGGCUAAAUCAAACAGAGCCUGCAACAUUGGCAGUUUUGCUUUUUGGGGUGUUCUUUAGUGAUUCUUUAUAUUACUAUCAAGCAUUGAGAAUAAUUGAGCACGCUGUCCUACUGACAGCUUUUGUUGGAGAAAAAUCUAAAUUUAGAAUCAUUAUAGAGGUGUGCUAAAUUGAAAGAACAAAAUAAAACUUCAUUGAAAUAAUAUACAUGCUUAAAAUUAUAAAAAGAAACAACAACAAACAGAUGCAUGUUCAUUGUACAAUUUACCCACUCAAUUUACGAAAGGAAGAUGUUUUUGUGUUGAGAAAAAAUGACAAGAUAUUUAUAGGCUUGUGUCGGUUUUGUUAUGUAUGGUUGUUGUUUUGUUAAGGGGGAUGGUUUGUGUAUGUUUAAGUAAACUGUAAUUAUACCUUUAAAUAGCAAUGUUAGAGAAGAGAAUAGUUGAAACUAUGAUUUCUGUUUAGAAGUUAAGGACGUUUUCGGGAGUUUCAUAUAGAUAUAUAGGCAAAAUUAAAAUUAAAAAAACAUGCCAAGUUUUAUGAAACUCUAUUGAACAGUUUUAAUUUUGCAUAAAUGUCUAUAUAAAAACUCCCAAAAACGUCUUUAAAACAUUAUAGUAUUAAAUCGACAAAUCUACAACCUGUAAAAUUCAUGUACUAUAGAAGUGCCUUUACACUGUUCAUAACACCAUCAAUUCUCAUUGUUUUACAAAGCUAUUGAAUGGAUCAGAUUUUUUCUAUAUAAUACAGAGGUAUUGCUUUUGUCUUUAAGCACCAUAUUUACUGCAAUUUUUAAAAAAAAAAUUAUAUCUUAAUUAUAUAUUUUAUAGGCAAACAUUUUGAAGGUAAAUGGUUAAUUUUAAAUUGUUUUAAAGACUUUAAGCAUCAAUAUUAAUGCUAAAUUUCUUGAUUUUCACAUAAAGGUAUCAACUUUGUCAUAAAACUGAACUAAUUGGACACUGAUGACUUUAUUUAUACAAAAUGACCUCAUUAAUUCAAGAUCUCAUGAGAUAAAUCACAAAUGAUGAAAACUGUAAAAACUGAA